AUGUCCCAAUAUAACGUAUUUGGUGGUGAUGACAGUGAAGAUGACGACAAAGUCAGCGAUCAAGCCGUAACUGGUUUUGACGGCGGUGUUCUGAAGAGCAACGACAACAAAGAGAAGCAGCAGCCUUUGGUUAUCCCCUCGCAAGCCAACAUUGAUUGGAGGGAUAAGAAGAAGGCACAGAGAUACAGGCCUAACCAAGAACAGCCAGUCGUUGUCAAUGAGAGCACAGCAACUCGUGAAAAGCUCAACGAUGGCCCUGAGCGCGUUGGAUUACAGACUGCUACAAGUACACUCAAGACGGAGGAUCCUCUUGCUGAAACAUCUGUUGAUCCAGCCCAAGAGCCAAAUGAAAGCGUAGAAGAACAGGCACUCAAAUAUUUAUUAUCAGAUGAAAAGCCUGAAAGCAAGCAAGAUGAAAUAGAAGCAAUUCCAAUGACGACAGCUCCUGGUAUAUCAGACGCAGACGCCUUCAAAGAAGAUGUUGCAGCUAGAGCUGAGGAGAGUACUAUGGAAGAGUACAGCAGAGUGCCUGUCGAACAAUUUGGCGCUGCUUUGUUGCGCGGCAUGGGCUGGAAAGAGGGUACGGCUGCUUCGAGAACGAGAUCGGGUCCGACUGAGCCUUACCUCCCUGAUAGCAGACCUUCUCUGCUUGGUAUUGGCGCGAGUACACGUCCUAACAAUGAUAAGGAUAAGAAAGAAAGCAGUAAGGACUCCAGAAUGAAAAGGCAGGCUAUGAACACAUACAGACCCUUAACGAAGCAUUCAAAGAGAUCAACCUCACCGAUUGGACCUCCUUCUAACAACAGGAGCAGAGACUAUGAUAGCCAUAAUAGGAUUCGUGAUAGACACGACGAUGGCAGAGAUAGUCGACGUUAUGAUGAUCGCAGAGAAAGUAGACGGGAUGAUAAGCGGUAUGACGAUAGACGCUACGAUGAUAGACGCUAUGAAGAUCGGAGGUAUGCAGAGCGGAAUUAUGACAGGAAAAGAGAUAGCUAUCGUGACGACCGACGCUAUGAUCGUAGACGUUAUGAAAGCGACUCAAUUGACCGAAGCUACCGUAACAAAGAUUGA